AUGCCAGAUCCCCACGAUCCUCAACUCAGGGGAUAUAAGGACAAAACCUUUAGCAAGAGACGACUCCUUGCAUUGAUGUGCGAGGUUGGGAUGAUCUAUGUGGAAACCAUGCAACCUGUGGGAGAGAUCGGGAGUGCAGAGUUGGUUGAAAGCGCAGCAACUUCCAGGAGCAUGAACAAGCUGGCCAAGACGGUGAUGAAGUUGAUGUUGAUGAUGGGCCUUGGGCCAUUGGGCGCAGAAGGCCAGGAGGAGUUUUGCAAUACGGCAGAACAACAUGGAGCCAAUGAAAACUUCUGGAUUGCAAUCUUUCUCUUCGCACUUGUUCUCUCAUGGAUGGUUCUUGGUGUUGCUGCAGUUUGGUUCUGGGGACGGCUUGACAGAAGGUUGUACUUCAACGAAUUGCAACAGGCAGAAACAGAUAGUUUCAUGGGGGCACAGCGAGACGCCAUUGAUGACCUCCGACGUCACGUGCAAAGGGUAGACAACGACCUACGUGCCCAUGUGGACCAGUACGAAAUUGUAACUGGUGUGAUGGAAGACUUGGUGACAACAGUUCACUAUGGGCUGGUGGAAAUAGGUGGUUUGGUCAGACAUACCGAGCUAACAAAGCAACAGAGAGAGUCAAUGCUGGUGCAAGAAAGGGCAAACCUGGUGCUUUUCAACAUGAGACAAAGGGCACCAGAUACUACAGAUGUUUCUAUGGCAUCAGCAAGACCGAGUGGAGCCUUGUCAAGUUCUGCAAGACCAACCGCAGCAGAUGGAAAUCUCAACCAAGAAGGGGGCCCAGAACAAGAACAUGAAGGGGAGCUGACACGACUCCUUAGAAAUUUGAGAAAUGUGAUCAGUGACAAUUUGGCUUCGAAUCAGUACGAGGGUGGAGUAGAAGUUCAAGCGGCCGUUUUGGCCGUACUGGAUGCGAUAGAACAGAGAGCUGGAUUGACGGUGGAACUAGCUACAGUGGUUCAAAACUGCUUCCAGCGCUUGUACAGAAAAGCGAGAAACAGAGGUGACGAAACUAUGGCCAGAAAAUACCGCAGCUACGUGGACGAUUUUCAGUUGCUACUGCGGUGA